CAAAUAUGGCGGCGUCCUCAACGGCAGGACGCGUUUUGACUCUUUGCAAGCAGUUCCAAAAUGCCUUCAGGAUAUCUUCGGCGAUAAAUACUCAGCGUUGUGCUGCUAAUGUCACCAAUUACCAGUCUCAUUUUUACAGGGAAAAGGCGCCACUCGUUGCCCUGUCUUGGCACAGCCCCACCAGCUCUGUGGGUCAGUGUCGAGCCCUGCACACAACCAUCAGCAGAAGAGGGCUGGGAGAGUUCUUCGACAGCCCUGAGAACUGGGGAGAGGCCACCGUGAAGUCAGCCGCACCAUGGACUGCCAAUCAACUGAGAACAAAGAACAGUGAAGAUUUACACAAACUCUGGUAUGUGUUGUUGAAAGAAAAGAACAUGCUUUUGACCAUCGAGCAGGAGGCAAGAAGGCAACGGGUUCAGAUGCCGAGUCCAGAAAGAAUAAGGAAGGUUGAGCGGUCGAUGAUCAGGCUGGAGACGGUGGUGAAGGAGAGAGAGACUGCGCUGCGUCUCCUGCAGACAGGACAGGAGAAAGGCAGACCGGGAACCUGGAGGAGGAACAUAUUUGGAUACACCUACUGGUAUCGAUUCAAAGAGUACGCUAUUCCCUGGAACAUGAAUAAAAGAUACAAGCGAAAGAAGUUCUACAGUCCCGCGUUUGUCGAACCAUACGUCAGGUUGCGCAUAGAGAAGCAUAUUCGUGAGAAGGCCAGGAAAGCCAACUUUGAAAAGCGCACUCAGGCCAAACUGAAGGAGAGGUUUCCUCUCAUGAAAGUUCCCUCAUCAUGAAAUUUCAAGCGCACGUUACAGUUGUUUUUGACCGCUGUGAGGCUGACAUCUGUCCAGAGAUACAAGGCCUCCACAUUUUAUCUGAACUCUCAAUCAGCUCCUGUCAUUGUCCUAUGAGUGUAUUUAUCCAACUGUUAUUUGAUCCUUUAAGAUAAAUUAUGCCACAUCAAUGUUUUGGUCACAGUUUUCUUACUUAUUAAACACACAUCAUGUAUU